AGACAAGACUCGCUAAGCCACCUACGCCCAGAGGGCUGGUGGGAUUUUGGCUCGAGUACUUCCGAGAACGCAUCCGUGUAGUUGUUUAUCACGCUCGGUCUGGAAGCGAUGCCGGCCAGGGCCGUAGUGCUCCUGCUGCUUGCGGAGGCCCAGGCUUUCGCAUUGGACGCGAGCGGAUCCUUCAGGCGCACGCGAGUACCCGUCGGCGAGCACGACGCCAGAGUGCUCGAGGUGUUCCCUGCCCAGGAGAAUUGUGGCAUGGUCCACAACUCCAAGAAGAGAGUGAGCUCAGUGUGUGGGGGGAUCCCGCGGUACCCGCCGCCUCUCGUGAGCAUGAGCAACGAGAAGGUGACCGAGUACAAGAGGGCAAUGUGCAACACAAACAGCAGUACCGAAUUUGCUCAGGAGGACCUCACAGUGACCGUGACAAAGGUAUCUGGCGGGGAGACCUGCGUCUACAUCCCGAGCAGUAGGGUGGGUCUUUCCACGCACAGAGAGGUGUGGAACAGCACCCACACCAUGCUCUUGGGCGAUCGGAACGGUAAGGACUUCCUGAGCUCAAAGAGCCGGGAAAGGGCCGCGUCUAGUGAUCGAAAGCAUGUGGACAUCGACGAGGAUAUAAUGAUCGUCCCAUUCGCGCACUCCAACUCUGUUUACACGCACGCGCUUCUGGACUUCCUCCCACACGCUUAUGCCACGGUCGACUGGGUCAAAGCGAAAAACCUGAAGAUACUCACGGGCAGCAGUCUCCAGCGGAGACUGCUGCUUGCCACGGGCCUCGACCGCGAUUUCGUCGCCACGCCGUCAGCGUCGGAGGACCAGCUGCUUUGCGUGAGGAAGGGUCGGAGUAUCCAUGUCAUGGAGACAACCGUGAAAGACAGCAACGAGUAUCCAGUGGAUCCUGAACCACCGCGGGGUCGGCCAGCGAGUGGCUGCCGCCAUGGUCAGCGCGGACGCCGCGUCGCGCCUCCGAGGCUCGCCGAGGGGGCCGGCGGUGGUGUUCCUGGGGCGCUGCAACGCGACCUCGAUCAUCGACCCAUGGACAACGAGGACGACGCGUUCAGGCUGGUGCAGAGCACGAUGAAGCAGAAGGACGGCGGAAGGAGGAGCUCGUGAGGCUCUGCGGCGAGGCCAUGCAGCCCGAGGUGCAGGCGGCCGCGCUGAGCCGGGCCACCGUGGUCAUCGGCCCUCACGGCGGGGCGAUGGCCAACCUCCUGUACGCGGCUCCUGGGUGUUCUACUCACGUCAUGCAAGGGGCUUCGCCUUCUGUUCGGGAUGAUCGAAAACGGGGUUCGGAAGAGGUGGCACGAAAACUGACAACAUUUCAUGUUCGUUUUGAACAGGACGCGCUGUCGUCUCGGCGGAUGUUGUCCAUUAGAGGCAAAGGGUAGCCUGCUCAACAUCGGCCGCUGUCGGUUUUGGACAACAUUUGUUGUUGGGAAUCGUAAGCACUUUCUCCGUACCCACCUCGGGCAUCCAAAUCUGCCGCCGGCCCUCUCUCAAAUUUCUUGCGUGGCCAUGCCUGAUUGGCAGGCCAGCUGGCUUCCUUGUCGGCUGGCUGGCUAGCAACUCGCCUGGCUGGCUUGCUGCGUGAGUCAAUGGGGGAACUGGAACCGGAACUGCUGCAGGGAAGAGGAGCACCCAACUGUUCCUCGCAGCCUGCUGGCCCCUGAGAGGGCCGGCGGAUAGAGUUUGUACAGUCCACGCCGUUCGUCUCCGCGACCGAGGCCCCCGAGGGCGGGUACAAGUCCUUUUUCUACCACGGCAUGGGCGCUCCGUUCGAUUACAAGCUCGUCCUCAUGGACAAGUCGAACGCCACCGAGCGCUUGAAGGUGCGUCUCGGCGACCUGGCGACGGCGCUCGACCACAUCUGGUGAGCGUCCUGCUCGACGAGAGUGGCUGCCAGGCUGUUGGCCUCCCUGCCAGUCCUCGCGGUGCAGUUCUCCAGGGGCGUGCGUUUCAAGCCUGCGCGUCCAGACCCGUUGGAAGGGUUGCUUGCACCCGCGCCCGUGCUGAUCCUGUCCGCCCAGGUGCCUGAAGCCAGCCGUCAGCGCCUGACACGGCUGAUCGUGCGUGUUCUUUCUGAUGAUCUGUUUACGUGUUAGAUGUUUCUGAGAGUGCAGGGCGACCGAAAGACCGACUGUUCAUUGAAUGUACACUAGAUCGGAGUCGGAAAGCACCAGCCUCUCCUUUGACUUGCAGUUCAGCUCGGCACCUGCGGAGCGGUUGUCGGAACGAGAAAAUGAACGGUAGUUUCCAGACUUCUUGGCUCUUGUAGUCGGGCGUGGACGACAGCAGGUUCUAGGAACCUGUCGUGUCGCGGAGUGGUGUUGUGGUGCGGCGUUGGGGACUUGUGAUGCUCCG